AUGUCCAAGUCAGUAGCAGUAUUCGGUGGCAAUGGAUUCUUAGGCCGUAAAAUCUGUGAAGUUGGAAUCAACCGCGGAUACAAUAUAACAUCAUAUUCUCGAUCUGGCCAACCACCAAAACUCAACGUCCCUGCUUCCCGACAACCACCUUGGAUCAAACAAGUAUCGUGGCAAAGAUGCGAUAUAUUCAACCCUGAACAAUCAAUAUCCCCAACUCAAUUGAGUCAAUUUGAUACUAUUGUUCAUUCAAUCGGUAUAUUAUUUGAAGAUGCGUCGUACAAGAAACUGAUGAAUUCAAAUUUCGGGUUUUUGCAAGAUAUACAGAAACUUGCUAAUCGAGCCGUUUUGGGGUCAUCGAAUCCGAUGCAGAAGGACAAAGCUAAUCUGACUUAUGAAGCUAUACAACGCGAUUCUGCCGUAUUGAUUGCUGAUGAGUAUAUCAAUGCUAGAUUAGAUGCAUUGAAAAAGGAGAAAGAGAGCAAUAAGGACUCGGUAGGUACAGCUGGAACAGCUGGUGAUUAUAAGGAAUCAAACUCUGUGGUGGGUAACUACGUCUAUAUAUCAGCUGAUCAAAACCCACCAAUUGUCCCACAACGAUAUAUAAUUACCAAACGAGAAGCUGAAUUUGAAUUGAGCAAUAAGCCUCAUUUACGAAGCAUUUUGAUGAGACCGGGGAUAAUGUAUGAAGAACACGGCAAAUCUACAAAUGAGCCUACUACGAAUAGAGACGUCUUGGUGAAGGGUUUGAAAUUGGGAGUUAAUUUGAAAAAUGCUAUUUUGGGCAACCAGUUUUUGAAUGGAGUCGUUAGACCAGUUGUUAGUACUACUCAGGUUGCUAAUGCCAUUUUCGAUAAAUUAGAAGAUGAACUGUUCAAAGGCGGAGUCGUGCCGGUUGAAGAGAUUGAACAAGAACCAAAUUUUUGA